AUGUUCAGCAAGGCUUUCGUUACCGCCGCUCUACUCGGCGCCGCCGCCGUUGACGCCCACAUGGUGAUGUCGAGUCCCAUUCCUUACGGCAAGGACACUCUCAACAACUCUCCACUCGCGGCGGACGGCAGUGAUUUCCCUUGCAAGCUGAGGUCCAACACUUACCAGGUCACCGAGGAGAACACUGCCGCCAUCGGCCAAUCGAUGCCUCUGACUUUCAUGGGUAGCGCUGUGCACGGCGGCGGAUCUUGCCAGGUCAGUCUGACCACCGACCGUGAGCCCACAAAGGACUCCAAGUGGAUUGUCAUCAAGUCGAUCGAAGGUGGAUGUCCCGCCAACGUCGAUGGUAACCUUUCUGGUGGCCCCGAUUCUACCGGAGCUUCCAAGUUCACCUACAGCAUCCCUGAAGGUAUUGAGCCUGGCAAAUACACCCUCGCCUGGACUUGGUUCAACCGUGUCGGAAACCGUGAGAUGUACAUGAACUGUGCCCCUCUUACCGUCACCGGUGGUUCUUCCAAGCGUGACGAAGUUCCCAAGGAGAAGACCGUUGAGAAGCGCUCUGCUAACUUCCCCCCCAUGUUCGUCGCCAAUGUCAACGGCUGUAUCACCAAGGAGGGCGUCGAUAUUCGUUUCCCCAAUCCUGGUGCCACUGUUGAGUACGCUGGUAAUAAGAACAACCUUGCCGCUGAGGGCAGCCAAGCCUGCACUGGCACCCCUACCUUCGGUGCAGAUGGUAACACCGCCGGUUCUAGUGACUCCUCUGGCAGCUCUUCUGGAAGCUCCUCUGGCAGCUCCUCCUCUUCGGCCGGCAGCUCCUCCGGUGCUACCUCUGCCCCUGCGCCUCCUGCGCCAGUGGCUUCCUCGACUUUGGUCCCCAAGCCAUCCCAGUCCUCUGCUCCUGGUGUCUUUGUCCCUACUGACGCGCCCGCCCAGCCAACCCAGACUAGCGCCCCGUCGGGUGGCUCCAGCUCCGGCUCUGAUUCCAGCUCCGGCUCUGAUUCCAGCUCUUCCUCUAGCUCUGGUGCUCUGACCGGAUCUUGCAGCUCGGAGGGUGCCUGGAACUGCAUUGGUGGCUCUUCCUUCCAGCGCUGUGCCAACGGACAGUGGACCCUGACACAGCAGAUGGCUGCUGGUACUGAAUGUACCGCUGGCCAGGGCAUGAACCUCAAGAUUAAGGCUACCAACCUCAAGCCCCGCAUGCUCCACGAGAUGCGUCACAGGAAGCGCAACUACCACAACCACGCAUAA